CUCGUCCCAAUCCAAAAUAUCUGCUCGACUUUUAACGCCUCCGCCCUUUUAAAUAGCACCACCAUCGCAUCCUGGGUUUUAGCAGCCGGCCGAAAACCUCAGUCUCAGUGACUCGGUAGCUUGCAAGCUCUUCGUGCGCUUGAUUUGCUAACUUGCGCUGUUCGUGCGAACCAUGGGGUUGCUUGACCACCUCUGGGACGACACCGUCGCCGGUCCCCGGCCGGAUAGCGGCCUCGGGAAACUGAGAAAACACUCCACUUUUAGCGCGCGAUCCAACUCCGGCAAGGAAGUUGAGAACAGCAACAUACAAUCGUUGGGAGGGGAGGCUGCGGACGAUGCAACUCGAGUGACGAGGAGCAUAAUGAUUGUGAAGCCGCUGCAGGCGAGCCUGCAGAAAGAUUCGCCGCCGGUUUCCCCCGCCGGAAGCACACCGCCGGUGUCCCCUUUUGGCGGAGGAGGAAGAGAAGCAUUCCGGUUCAGGCGGGGGUCGGGGUCGUUUUCAUUUGAGAAGGCUAGUGGAGUGGGACCAAGGAGCCCUCCUCCUCCUUACGACCUCUGAGCUGAGCAUGUUUGUUUGAGUGAGAGAUGAAUAUCUGUGGAAAAAGUUUUGUAUAUAUGUAAUGUGGGGCGUGUGGAAAGCUAGCUAGCUUGUUUGAUGCAACUAUGGAGCUUAUGAGUUUAGGUAGUCAGACUUCUUGUGCCUCUUGUUUGCGGAUUUCCUCUUUUAUAUAAGCAUAUUUAGCAAAA